UGAACAGGAACUGCUGUUCAAGACAAAAAGUCUUUCAACGGAGCAUCUGACUGUAACUUUUCAUGUUUGUGGAGAGGUUUUGUGGAUCCGUACGGCGUUUAGGUUAAAUCAGAGACAUGUAUGGGACCAAACCACCUCGACAAGAGUUUCCAGACUCAGACCCAGAGGACACGUCACAGGAGGUGACAGCGGUGGUGUGUCUGGAGUCAGACCUGCAGGAUGGACAGAUGAUGGAGGUUGAGGUGGGACAUCACAGCGUGCUGUUGACCCGCUGCGAGGGCAAAUACAGCGCCAUUGGUAACCAGUGUACACACUACGGCGCUCCGCUCAGCAAAGGGGUCAUUUCAGGUCACAGAGUACGCUGCCCGUGGCAUGGCUCCUGUUUUAACGUCCAUACAGGAGAUCUGGAGGAGUGUCCUGGCAUGGACUGUUUACCCUGCCACAAGGUCAAAAUUCAAAACGGCAAAGUGUACGUGUCUGUAAACAAGAAGACUCUCAGUCAGGAAAAGAGAAUAAAGAGUAUGGGAGCCGCAGUACCGGGAGUUACUCACACCAUUCUGCUGCUGGGAGGAGGGCCCGCGUCACUGAUCUGCGCUGAGACUCUGCGGCAGGAAUACUUCGGCGGCAGGAUAAUCAUGGUCAGCAGAGACAACCUUUUACCGUACGACAAAGCCCGACUCAGCAAGGUGCCGCGGAUCAAAGGACACGACAACAACUCCCAACACUUUUGUGAUGAAUACAGUGUGUGUGUGUGUGUGUGUGUGUUUGACUGGCAUUUUUUUGCACCCUGGUCACAGGUGAUGAAUGUGGAGAGUGACAGUAUUCUGCUGAGGAGGAUGGAGUUCUACCAUCAGUACGACAUUGAGGUGUGGCUCAGGAAAGAAGCGAUGUCGGUGGACACAGACAAGAAGACGGUCACAUUUGACGAUGGUUCAGUCCAGAGCUACGACCAGCUCCUCGUCGCCACAGGCUGCAGAGCCAAGGGUCUGGAUAUGCCCGGCAUGGAGCUGGGGAAUGUCAAGAUGUUGGAGACGCCAGAGGACGCCCGGCAAAUCCACUCAGCCUGCCUGGGCUGCAACGUCGUCCUCGUGGGAACCUCGUUCGUCGGCAUGGAAGUUGCAUCUUACUUGAUAGACAAAGCCUCCAGCAUCACAGUUAUCGGCAGCAGUGAGCUUCCGUACCAGAAUACACUGGGGCCUGAAAUUGGCAAAGUCACCAUGAUGAUGCUGUCGGAGCAAGGCGUGAGGUUCUACAUGAACGACAUGGUGGCUGAGGUCAGAGGUGUGAACGGCAAGGUGAAGGAGGUCGUGCUCAAAAGUGGAACAGUUAUCCCGGCGGAAGUUUUGAUUGUCGGCAUUGGCAUCAUCCCAAACUCAGAGGUCCUGAGGGGCAGUAAGAUACGGAUGGAUGCAAAAAGCUUUGUACCAGUCGACAAGUACAUGCGCACCAACGUCCCCGACGUGUUCUGUGGGGGCGACGUGGCCACCUUCCCCCUGGCGAUGGCCAAAGACCGGCAGGUCAACAUCGGACACUGGCAGAUGGCACAAGCACACGGGAGAAUAGCAGCUCUGAACAUGCUGAAUAAACCGACUGAACUCAACACAGUUCCUUUCUACUGGACCGUCCUACUGGGUAAAACAAUCCGAUAUGCAGGCUAUGGGGAGGGGUACACCGAGAUUGUGGUGAAAGGGCGCUUUGAGGACCGGAGGUUCCUGGCAUUGUACAUCAAGGACGAUGAAGUUAUAGCGGUAGCGACCCUGAACUUCGACCCGGCAGCGUCUGCGGUAGCUGAGAGGUUCGCAGCAGGAAAAGUCAUCACGAAGAAAGAGGCGGUAUCAGAUGAUCUGAGCUGGCUGCAGCUCUCCUGAUCCUCACCCCUGCCCUCCCACUGUGCACAAUGUCGGUGUGAUGCCAGUCCCUUUGCCUCCGCACGCUGUGGAGGGAGGAGACGCUGAAACGGACGGUUGAUUCAGAAGAGACAGACUUUCCCUCAUGGCGUCAAAAAUGUCGAUGCAGGUUGUGUGGAAGUAUCGGAUUCAAACUGUGCGUCACAUCGUCAGUGUUCGCGCGAGGGAGGGAGGGAGGGGGGGGGGGGACUUCACCACGCAAACAACACAUACCUCAGAUGGAUGCAGCUUUCGGGAUGUCGUCUUCUUUUUUUCUAACAUAUAUAUAUUUUGUAUUAUUUCAUUAGAUGUUAUCUUUAUUUCAUUUCAUUUCACGGCGCCGUGUCGCCAGAGGCCCAGAGACGUUGAAGACGCCUCAGUAUGUUUCCUGCUGUUAAUAUUCGGAAGGAGGUGUGAGCGGCCUUUUACUUGGGGCGGGCCUGCUGGGAAAACACAAGUGACCUUGACGCCCACUGUGGUCCGUGUACGUGGUCCGUGGUCAGUGACUCUGAGGGGUGUGUGGGGGGUGGAGGGUUAGGAGAACAGAGCGGGAGCGUUGGGCUCUUUGAGGCCGAGAUGCUGAAACAGGCAACGGGAACGAAACACGACGGCGGGUGGGAACGAUGAGCCUCGGGCCAACAGCGCACAAAGGCAGCGGGACAAAAAACCCUCCGCAAAAGAGCAGCGCUGUGUGUUUGUCCCUCUGGUUUCUCACUGUCUUCACUUCACAUCU